ACAUCUGGAAAACGAAACUGACGCCUCGGGUUUUCCCGAGAAAGCCUCUGCGGGUUACAAAGCCGCCGGACUCUAGGUGGUAUUUAAAGAAGUAUGGAGAAGGAUUGAAUGGCAGUCUGUCACACCGCUUCAGGUCCUACGACACAGACUUACAGCCAUUAACCCGCAUCGUAUUUCUGACUUUUGACCCUGAAAACGACUGCACUUGAACUCAACACCACCCUGCGCCAGCUGAAACGUCGUCACUGCAAGUGGGAGAGUAUUCAUUGAAACUAAAUGUCUCAUUCUAAACCACUGCUCAUCCCGUGGCUGCGGGACCAGAUUGACAGCGGCAGGUAUCCUGGUGUCCACUGGACGAACCCUGUGCGAAUAGAGUUCUCCAUCCCCUGGAAACAUGCUUUAAGGCAGGACUCCUCCGACACUGACAUUCUCAUCUUUAAGGCCUGGGCAGAGGCGAGUGGCAAUGGCCGGGCUCAGGGAGACCCCUCAGUGUGGAAGAGGAACUUCCGCAGCGCCCUCCGAGCCAAAGGUUUCAAACUGGUCUUUGACAACAAGAAUGAUGCUGCUAACCCCCAUAAAGUGUUUCGCUGGCCGGAUGAUUUAGCAUCAGGAGCUAACUCUUCUGCUGGAUCCCAGGACCAAGAUGACCCCGAUUUGUUUGAGGAUAUUGGUCUUCCUACACAAGAAAGCCAGGUUGUGCCGUGCUUUGAUGACUGUCUCUAUCUUCCAGAACAAAAUUUGUUUUUAGCAGAAUCCACUGCCAACCAGGAUAUUCUCCAGCAGUGUCUAAAGGGACUGAACAUUGGCUCUGAAACAGAGGACACCGCAGGCUUUGAGCCUCCUCCUGAGCAACAGCAGCUCCAAAACCCAGUUGUGAUUGGUAGACACGCGUUGCCUGGGCAACAGCAGUAUCCAGUAACGUUUGAGGGUGCAGUCGGUGAAGCUGGGUUGCCUGAGCAACCAGCACGUCCAAUGCAGGGAGCCGUGGGAGGGGCCUGUGGUGGGCAGUUUGCGGAGCAGUUCCUACAUACCAUGAACAAGACCAGUGACAGAGAUAAUUUCAAGACUCAGUUUAGGAUAUCAGUGUACUAUAGAGGGGUGAAGGUGUCUGAGCAGCUGGUUGAGAAUGAAGCUGGGGUCCGCUUAGUCUACAGCCCUGAACUCAACGGGACAGUUGUGGAUCACGAGUCAGGCCUGUCCGUGGUCUCUCUGCCAAGACCUGGAAUCAUGCUGGAUCAAACCCAAGCCAAUCUGACCCAACGCAUCCUGGACAAGCUGGGUGAUGGUUUGGACGUGGGGGUGUCGGGCCAUGUGGUCUAUGGCCAGCGACGGGGUGAAAUCAAAGCGUUUUGGAGCUUCUCCAAGUUUGACAGGACCACACAGCCCCAAGAGAUUUCUAAACUGCAGCCUCAGCCACUGUACCUGUUCAAGGACUUUUUGCGAGGAAUACUGGACUUCAUUGAUGGGAGAGACUGCCCUCCCUGCUCCCUGUUCUUCUGCCUGGGGGAGAAGUGGCCUGACCCAGACAACAGGCCUUGGGAGAAGAAACUCAUCACAGUGGAGGUGGUUCUGACUUCAGUGGAGUUACUGAAGAAUAUGGCUGUUGGAGGUGGCGCUUCCUCCCUGCAGUCUGUGGAGCUGCAGAUGUCGCUCGAAGAGAUGAUGGAGAUGUACUGACGCACUUUGCUGUGCCUUAAGAAAGUCUUUGUUUACCCUUUUUGUAAUCUUUAACCUUGAUGACAAGGAAGAACAUCUCAUGUGUACAUGUUUUCUGAACAUUUUAUAUCUUUAUUCCACACCAAAUAGAAUAGAUCCAGUCAGGUUUUAGAGUUGGUCAUAGUACUGAAUCGGCUCUUUUGAGGGUGUCUAAUGAUAUCCUUCGAGGUGUUGAUUCUGGUAACUGUGUUGUCUUGCUCUUGUUAGAUCUUACAGCGGCAUUUGAUACAGUUGAUCAUAACAUUCUCAUUGAUCGUCUUAGGGAUCAGGUUGGUAUUCAGGGCUUAGCCCUAAAAUGGUUCUCUUCCUAUUUAAAGAAUAGGACUUUUUCAGUCAGCUUAGGGGAUUAUUUUUCUUCCAUUGCCCCCCUUGUGUGUGGGGUUCCACAGGGCUCAAUACUGGGACCAAUUUUAUUUUCCCUUUAUAUGCUCCCUUGGUGCCAUAUGUUUGUUUUCUGUUUUUCUGUUUCUUUUUUAUAUUUUGUGUACAGCACUUUGGUUCCAAUUGUGGUGUUGAAAGUGCUUUAUAAAUAAAGUUGAGUUGAGUUGAGUAGAUCAGGUAAUAAUAAUGGUAUUAAUAAUUGCUCUGGUGUUGGUUUUGCUGGUUCUGCACAAAGGAACAAAACCAAUAUAUUUAAGGUGCAACUUGUACCAUGUUUUAACAUAAAUAUGUGCUUUUAAAUUAAUUUACACUUUGAUAUUUUUACAUAAAAUGUGAUCAGAGCAUUUGGAAUCAGUCUAAAUGCUUUUGAUCUUGUAUCACAUGAGGCAGUUUAGCACAAUAUGCUGAAUAUACACCUGAGCACAAUCUGAGACAGCAACACACCAGAGACUGUACAGGAAAAAGUAAAUAUGCUGCGCAGAUGUUUAUUUCAUUUUCUUGUAUUAAGGGGUCUGGCUAACCAAUGAGUGCAUGUAUCAGAUAUCAGAUGUUGCCUAUUUGGAAUUUACUCUCAAGCAACGCUAUAGAGGAGAUUGAAACUAUGCAUUACUAUACAAAUAGUAUUAGUACAAACAAUAUAAUUACAAUAUAUGGAAAAUAUAUAUAAAAAUAUUGGAGGAUAUUAUCAUGUUAUUGCCAUGAAAUCAGUUCCUUCUUAGGAUCUACUAUCAAUUCAGAAUUUCGUUCUUAACUCAAACCAGUGUGACCUUAUUUGUGCUCUUUUAUAAGAAAUAAUAAAUUUGCUUUUUAUAUCCUU